UUUUGCUUCAACUUCAGCAGCAGCAGCAGCGCAACCCCAGCAGUGCCGGAGGCGGUCAACUUCAAUCAAACUGCUCUUCUCUCCUUCAUCCAUGGAUAUAUCCGCCGUCCGUUGCGUUCCGUUCCGUUUCGUUCGUGCCUAGGCCUUACUCUGUGAUGUGUCGGUCGGUUCGAUUCAACUUCAGUCAAUCGCGCCUGCUGAGUCAGUCAUUGAGGAACGGUUCACGAGUGCGGACGAGUAUUUUUCGCUGUCGCUCGCGAGCGAGCUUUUGAUCUAACUUGUGAAUAGAAAAACAAUCAUUCGGUUACGGGUUCGGUUGUUGUUCUUGGAGGACUUUGUGCGUUUUCGUUGGUGAAGUGUUUUUGUUAUGCAGACGAUUGUCGAAUUUUGCGGUGUUUAUGACAGGGAGAAGUUUUCGUGAAUAAAAUAGUGAAUCGGAUGAUGUUUUGAGUGAGUUUUAUCUAAGAAAGGGGUUCUAAAGAUUGAAUGUACAAUGAUCGUAGUUUAGAAGCGAUAAACAUCUUACUUGAAGUGAGCUGAGAUUUUAAAAUACACGAGAAUAAAGGAUAAGGUGAUUUGUUUCCAUCAAGUAACCAUGGCAACGAGUAAAGGCGAGUACCGAUGCCUACUAGGAUUGAUGCUGUCAGUUUUGUGGCUCGCAGUGGAUUCAGCCGGAGCGGUUGAUGAGCUCAAAUGUGAACUGAUCACGGUAUCGGCCUGUCAGAAUUUGGUGUACAACAUGACGGUAGCUUCGGCACCAAUCACGUCGGCAAUAUCCACGGGCAGUGGUUCCGGCAAUUCAACUGGAUCGGGCGAGGGCACCAGCGGUGAAACCGGCGCAAUUAGAUCGCAACUGGAUGCGGAACUAUUGAUUACAUCGCUCCGGCCGGUGAUCGAUUCGGGAUGCUCCAAGCAGGCCCUGUUCCUGUUCUGUUCGUCGCUGUUCCCGCUGUGUUCGGCCAAUGCCCCACGGCCGGUGCAACCGUGCCGAUCGCUGUGCGAGCAGGUUCGCAAGGACUGUUUCAGCGAUGCCGUUUUCAGCAAACUGUGGCCCUCCUAUCUGGACUGCCGGACGCUGCCCCAGCCGGAGAACCACGGGCUGUGCAUGCAGGUCCCCCCAGAAGCCUCCGGAAGCGUUGAGAAGAAUUACAGCAAUCCUGCCGCAGCCGCCCCCGCGAACGUACCCGUCAAACCUUGGUCCAUCUUCAACCUUCCGCAGCUACAGCACCACGCGGCUCGUCAGCACCCCAAUUCGCUCCUCGAGCCCGGCGCCACCCGGCCCUCCUCGGGCCAUCAUUCCACCCCGCCGGUCUCCUGUCCCAUCAACUACACCCUCGAGUACGACCAGUGCGUCCCCAAGUGCGGAUCCUCGAUCGAUGCCAUGUACAACGCGCGCCAGAAGGAAACCAUCGAGUUCUGGACCCUGAUCCUGUCGGCGGCCUGCUUCAUCUUCACGCUCAUGUCGCUGGUCACGUUCUGGACCAAGGCCUCCAAGUUCGAGUACCCGGAUCGGCCCCUGCUCUUCAUGACCCUCUGCUACAACCUGAUGGGUCUGUGCUACCUCGAGAGAACUAUCCUCCACAACCCCCGGAAAGAAUUGAUCGACCUGCUGGAAUUUCGCCAAGAAUGCAACAUAACGUCCCAAUGCCUGGCUUACUACAUCAUCAAGAACUACCUGCUCAUCAGCGCCACCACCUGGUGGCUGAUCUUCGGCGUCUGCUGGUACCUCAGCACCGCCAAGCAAUGGUCCUGUGAAGCCCUCGAGAAGAAGUCCGGGCUCUUCCACGUGAUGGCCUGGGUCGUACCGUUCGCCUCACCCAUCAGCGCCCUCCUCCGUGGCAACAUCCAGAAGUUCGAGCUCACAAACUUCUGCACCGCCAAGGGCUUCACCGAAAUCCCUGCCCUGAUCCUACUCCUUGCCGGAGCGACCCUCAUCCUCCUCGCCCUAAUCGCUCUGAAACGCCUCAAAUCCACCUGGAACCAGAGCGAAACCCUCUCCAAAGUCUUCGUCCGGGUCCUACUCUUCGCCAUCAUCUACCUCAUCCCCGCCCUGUCCGCCAUCAUCUGCACCUUCUUCGAACGCAUCGAGAACCCCAUCGAACCUUGCCCGUCCGGAUCCACCUGCUCCUCUCCACAGAAAUUCUCCCUCCUACCAACGCUCCUCAAGCUGAUCCUCACCCUGAUCGGAGGUUCCACCACCGGCAUCUGGCUGUGGACCAAGCAUUCCUCGGACCUGUCCAAGAAGGUUAGCGGCACGAACUCGGCCAACGGAUCGCUCAAAUCCGUGCCGCUGCUCAAGGUCAACCACCCGGCCGCGUCCGUAGUGGGCAUCGGAAGCCCCUAUCGGAGUACGACCUCUUCCAUCGGAGGUGGCACCGGUGGAACCGGUCACCAGAGCUCCAACUCUAAGAAGUACCUCUACAACUCGGCGUACAGCACUGGAGGUAGCCAUCGGAGCGGUUCCAACGGGUACAUGCCGGUGCGGAUACAUCGCAGCCUGAGGGGAUCGUCUUCCAGCGGACGAGGCGUGACUUCGUCGAUCAUUACGAGGAUUUGAGGCGGGUCAGGGGAAGACGGUUCAACAAGAGGUGAAAGCUUUAAAUGGGAGGGAAUCGGAGUUGCGUAAACACAAACGAGCAUACAUUUUUAAUCACUGUGAUAUAGGUUUUGUAAGUUAGUUUUAGAAGAGAGAAGCCUUAUUGGAUCAAUGUUUUGUAUUAAAAUGGUAAGAAUAGUGUGUGGAAAACAUUGUUGGUAUUUAUUUACUGUGUAAAUGAUAAAUUUGAGAAGUACCUAAACUGGAAUCAUCAAAAGUAGCUUUCAAAUAAAUGUACAUACUGGUGUGGACAAAAUCGAGAGUUUGGAGCGACAAAUAAAAAUUGCUUCAAUCAGGUCGAGAAACACGAAAAAUAAAAUUUUAUAUAUGCAUACUUUUGAAAAAUUUCAAUUUUUCUAAUUCCUUUUUGUUCAAUUGUUCAACUAAUGAUCCAGAAAAUAUAUUUUCUAUGCUUAGUUAGGUAUAUGCGUUGUAAAUUUGCGAAACAUGAAUGUCAAAUAGAAUGUAGUCGGAACGAUUCUAGAAACGGUUAAGAAAGUUAGCUAACAAAUACAAUUGAUUGUGUAUAUUUAUGAGUAGGAACCAUAUUUCAAAAUGGAAAUAAUAAUGACGUUUAAAAACAA